UCCGAGACAAGGUCACAGCGUCCUGACGGCUUCUCAAUUUUAGACCAUGCUUUCCGCGGUCACGCCGGCCGAGGUCAACGCCAUCGACCCGCCCGCCCCUCCCGACGCGUCUCCCGAGCCGGAUGAGCGGCCGCCGGCCAAGGCUCGCAAGCGGCCCAGGCCGACGGAGCGAUGCGGCUGGACCCCCGAGGCCGACAAGUGGGUCGCCCACGGCUAUGAGACCCUCGGCCCGUGCUGGACGGCGAUCGCGGCGCUCCUCCGCCGUGAGACGGGUGAGGACCGGUCCGGCGACAGCGUUCGCAACCGCGUCCUCCGCCUGCAGCAGCAGCAGGGCAAGGCAGACGAUCGGGGCGGCGACUGCUGGACCACGCAGGAGGUCGACCUCAUCUGCCAGGGCGUUCUCAGAGGUCUCCGCUGGAAGGAUAUCGCGGACAUGCUCCCCGGCCGGACCGAGAGCAGCUGCCGUAACCGCUGGGUGCGGCACAAGCAAAAGGAGCUCUCCGGCAUGGGCGUCGAGGCAAAGACGGCCGUCGACCAGAUGGCGCCCCACCAGCUGCCGCAGCCUAGCCAGCUGCCGCCGCCCUGCCAGCUGCCGCAGUACAACCAGCUGUCGGCGCAGCGGUGGGUGCCCGGGCCACUGAUGGGCCUUCCCAUGGCCCAGGCCAUGCCGAUGCCACCGUCGCAGCUCAUCCCGAUGUGGGGGCCGCCGCAGUACGCUGACGACCAGGCGGCGCUCUCGGCAGAGGAUCGCUACCGUGCGCGGCUACGCCUGGCCGAGAAGGAGGGCCGCUUGCCAAAGGGCGUCGUUGCACGCAUUUUGGGGACCAUGGCGGCGACACCGAGCGCGGCGUGAGCCUCGGAGCCUGCCGCGCCUCGAGCCGCGCCCCGCACAUCCCGGCCACAUUUUUCUUGCGUACUGGCCUGUUUAUUGACGUGCGGGUGGUACUGGCUUAGGAGAGGGAGGGAGACGAUGUUCCUAGUUGAGUUCGAUGUUGUUCAGUAUGUGCGGCGUACGGCUGUGGGUCCUGUAAUAUGUCUUUGCACUGUCUCGCGCGCGGCGCUGUCUCUCUGUGGCUACACACUGCGUGAAGAAAAACAUCUCGUACAUACAACCCAA